UGGAUCUGCAUGUUCUAAUAAAGGGAGUUGUUGUUCGUUUGAUUUCAUUCAUUUGCGGUCUUCUUUUUCUGCAGAAUUCUAGCGAUGUUUAUACUUGUCCAGUCAUGAAUACCUUAGGAAGAGUUGUUCUGCUCUGAAGAAAACCUGUUGCUUAUCUAUUAUUUCUCGGCCCCUGUCUGCAAACUCCUCCUUCUCCUCCUCCUACUCUUCAAGAUGUUCCACUGUAGAAGUGAUGCUAAACCUCAUCAGUCCUGCGUGACUUCCCUGCCAUCGUAAGGGGCUCCACUGGGAUAUAUUUACAAUUUCUCCAGCCAGGAUCGAGACAGGUUAAGUCAAACAUGCAUGUGUCUCUGGCAGAGGCUUUGGAAGUGCGUGGAGGUCCCCUGCAGGAAGAGGAGAUUUGGGCUGUUCUGAACCAGAGUGCUGAGAGCCUCCAGGAAAUUUUCCGCAGAGAUCCAACUGCGCUUGGAUUUAUCAUCUCCCCGUGGUCACUGUUGCUGCUUCCUUCUGGCAGUGUCUCCUUUACAGAUGAGAAUGACAGUGAGCAUGAUCUACGUGCUUUUACAGCUCCUGAGUUACUCCAAGGUCAAUCCUUAUCAGCACUAUCAGAUAUUGAAAAGAUACAUGUUUACUCUCUGGGGAUGACUUUGUUUUGGGGGGCAGACUAUGAAGUACCUCAGAGUCAGCCAAUGAAACUUGGAGAACAUAUCAACACAACUCUCCUUAACAUGUGUGAAGAUGUUCCUUACACCAGAUUGUCUUUUCGGACCAUUUUGGAUGCGUGCAGUGCCCAUAUCAGGAAUACACAUUGUGCUGCAUCCUUUUCUUAUGUGAGGAAGCUUGUGAGACUGGUAUUAGGUAGCCUUACUAAGUUAGAUGGACUGCUUUCAGGCAGUAACAGAGAUUACUUGCCAGAACGGAGCAGAGAAAUCCGAGAUCGUCUGAGGGGAAAGGGGCUCUUGUCAGGAAGAGUAGAAGCUCCUACGGCUCAGCUAAUUGAGGAGGUUUCCCUGAAUCGAGGACUCAGUAAAUCGAUGGGUUUUCUUGCCAACAGCAACAGGCCAAAAGAAGAUGGGGACUCUCCUCCUUAUGUGUCUUCAGACUGCAAUUCAGGGCAGGAUGAUACAGUGAAUCUGCAUUAUAAACAGAGAGAGCUUCAGGAUGACGGGGGACAAAAGAUGUCUUACUAUAAUGGUGGAUAUACUCAUACCAAAAAAGUCUGGGCCUCCUCUAUGGAUUUGGUUCAUCCUGAUGCAGCACUCUUUAGGCAUAUAGAAUCUAAUAACCAAGUGGGAAGAAGUUCUCAGCUUGAUGGAAUCAGUGUUAGGGCCAUGGGUGCCUCCAGGACAGCCAAUGGCCGAUUCUCAGACUGUGGUGGUCUUGGUCCUCGGAAGGCCCAUCAUAUGUCCGAACUGUCUGUCUGCUCUGCUCUGUCCAGUGCAUAUGACAGAAUUAAAGAACGCCAGCGGAAGUUGCAAGUGCUUAGAGAAGCAAUGGAUGUCAAUGAUCCCUUGAAAGCUCACCGGAGGUAUCACAGCGAUGCAUACAGCACAUCCAGCGAAAGUCCAUCUGUUGUUUCUUCUGAUCCUGAUUACCGACAAGUAAGACGAUCAGAAGAAAUCAGAAAGUAUGGUUCCCAGGUGGCACUUGCAGAUAAUGAUGUCAUCUCCAUCAACAGUCAUGUUUCUCUUCGACACAGGCAAUAUGAUCUCCCACCUGAGGAAAGUGUGGUUAGUCAAGAGAUGAUGCUAAAACGUCAAGAGGAAGAAAUGCAGAAGAUGCAAGCUCAAAUUGCACACAGGCAGUCAAGACUAAGCCUGCAUCAAGUAGAUGGCCCCAGGAUUAGCAUGCUGGACAUCUCGAGAGACCCACUGCGUGAAGUAGUGCUUGAAACAACUCUGACCCAACGUAAACUCAAGAAUUUCUUUGGUCCUGAGUUUGUAAAAAUGACCAGUGAGCCUUCUGUUACUUUGGAUGUGCCAACUUCAAUAUUGGCCAAGAAAGGAAAAGGGGAUGAUGUUCGUCGAAAAAUAAACAUCCUUCUGUUAAGUGGACAGAGGCUAGAGCUGACUUGUGAUGUAAAGUCUCUGUGCAAAGAUGUAUUUGACAUGGUGGUUGCACAUAUUGGUUUGGUGGAGCAUCAUUUGUUUGGUCUGGCUUACUUGAAAGAAAAUGAGUACUUUUUUGUUGAUCCUGAUGCAAAACUCUCUAAAGUGUCACCAGAGGGGUGGAAAGACGACCCUAAGAAGAAGAAAAUGGCAGUGAACUUCAACCUUUUUUUCCGAAUUAAAUUUUUUGCUGAUGAUGUCAGCUUGAUACAGCACACUCUCACACGGCAUCAGUAUUAUCUGCAACUAAGGAGGGACAUUUUAGAAGAAAGACUGCGAUGUGAUGAUGAAACAGCUUUACUGCUGGCAUCACUUGCACUGCAGGGCGAAUUUGGGGAUUACCAGCCAGAGGUCCAUGGCAAAACAUAUUUUAGACUUGAGCAUUAUUUGGCAGCAUCUGUGCUGGAAAGAGUGGACCAAUCCUAUAUUAAGGAAGAGCUUCCAAAACUUCACAGCACAUAUUUUGGUGCCUCACAAGUGGAAACAGAGUUUGAAUUUCUGAAGGUAUGUCAGAAAUUGUCAGAAUAUGGAGUGCACUUUCAUAGAGUGCUGCCAGAACGAAAGUCUCAGACAGGUAUAAUGCUUGGAAUUUGUUCCAAAGGAGUUCUCAUCUUUGAAGUUCAUAAUGGAGCACGGACACUGGUCCUGAGGUUUCCAUGGAGGGAAACUAAGAAAAUCUCAUUCAAUAAAAAGAAAAUAAGUUUACAGAAUACUUCAGAUGGAAUAAAACAUCUGUUCCAGACUGACAGUAGUAAAACCUGCCAGUAUCUUCUUCACCUCUGUUCAACUCAACAUAAGUUCCACCUGCAGAUGAAGACUAGACAGAGCAACAAAGAAACUGAGGAUAUCGAAAACGCCUCUCUUAUCAUUCCUGGUGAUUCAUUUGAUGUUGGUGAAAUUGGGCGAGCAGUAAGCACAAUAAGCUUGACGGGCAACAGUGCCAGGGGAAUUACAGAACAUACUGUGCGACCAGAGCUCUUGAACAGAAUGUUUUAUUCUGAACUUGCACUAAACAAGCCAGGGGCAGAUCGGACAAACUCUGAAGUGGCCUCUAGCCGAAGCUGGGGACAAAACCCAACUGUAAUGAGCAAAUCUUACCAUAACCUAAGCCAGGUGCCAGAGUCACCAGAGAGAAAUCUUCAAUCCCACAUCAGCCAGUCACAGUGCACCCUGAACAAAGUGCCCACUCCCAGCAAUGAAAGAGUUAAAACACUGCCAUCACAUUACAGGACGUGUUCAGAUACAGAAUCUAUCCUGGUGGCAGGAAAGCUCAAUUGUUCAAAUUCCUUGACCGGAUUAAAUCGCAGUCCUGAAAGAAGAAAUCCAGAGUCUGAUUCAUCAUCAUUCGAAGAUACUGGACAGGCAUAUGUUAUAGGAGUAAGCAUGCAUAGUGGUGGCAAGCCCUCUACUCCUGACCAGUUACAAGUAGAUGAAUCCUUGAAACAAAAAUUCAAUGCACUGCCAUCACCAGAAAGGGAGAUAACUGUAGUAAAUCUGAAGAAAGAUGCAAAGUAUGGUUUAGGUUUUCAGAUUGUGGGUGGAGAGAAUAGUCGUCAUUUGGACCUUGGUACUUUUAUUAGUUGUAUCAUCCCUGGGGGACCAGCUGACAUUGACGCACGCCUAAAACCAGGUGAUCACCUACUGUCAGUAAACAAUAUGAGUCUGGAAGGUGUCCCCUAUGAUGCAGCGGUAAAGAUGCUACAAAACAUUCCUGAUGAUGUGAAACUUGUUGUGUCACACAAGGAAAAGCUCUCUCAAGUUUCAAGUACUUCACAUCACAAGACCAAAAGUCAUGUGAGAUCACCCAGCAAGAAGAAUAACCAUGAAGAGGAAUCUUCCUCUGAAGACCAGAACAGAUGCACUGGUCCCCAAAGACGUCUGCAUGAUGCAUCGUCUCCUACUGUGUCUGUAGCCAAAAGAAAAGGAAGCUUGAGCUCCCAGGAUUCUAGAACAGAAAGUGCCAGUCUAUCCCAAAGCCAUAGGAUACAGCCACUGAAUCACACCCCACCACCUUACCAUUUUGAACAUGCACAUUCUCCUGAGGCAUCUUUAACACCUGGCAGUAAAACUAAGAGAGGAACUAAUGCAAAUACCAAUAAAGAUCUGGAUUAUUCUGACAGAGGAGAUUCGGAUAUGGAUGAAGAUACAUAUUCAAGCAGCCAAGAGCAGAGAAGUGUUAAAAAGGACAUGCCUACAGUGAGCACUAAAGGACAAAAAAGUGGUAAUGCCCACCCAGUUAAUGAUCUCCAACCAGGAGAUUUAUUUGAAGUAGAAUUGUCCAAAAAGGACAACAGCCUAGGCAUAAGUGUCACGGGAGGUGUUAACACAAGCGUUAAACAUGGUGGGAUUUACGUGAAAGCUAUAAUUUCCAAUGGAGCUGCUGAGCUUGAUGGCAGAAUCCAGAAAGGUGAUAGAGUCCUAGCAGUCAAUGGCCUCAGUCUUGAUGGUGCAACUCAUAAGCAAGCUGUGGAAACUUUGAGAGACACAGGACAGGUGGUUAGAUUACUUUUGGAAAAAAGUCCGUUGCCUGCUGCGAAGGUUCAUGCACCUGUAACCCCACAAUGUACACCCCCAUCUGCGCCUAAUACCCCACCUCAAGUAACAGAGCAAGCUAAAACUUAUAAUGUGGCCAAAGAUUACAGCUUUGUAACGUCAGAUAAUGUGUUUGAAGUCAAAUUGCUAAAAAACUCCUCAGGUUUAGGAUUCAGUUUCUGUAGGGAGGAAAUCCUUCCCCCGAAUCCUACAGCAAACAGUCUGGUCCGAGUGAAGAAGCUGUUUCCUGGGCAGCCAGCAGCAGAGAGCAGUCAGAUUGAAGUUGGAGAUGUCAUCCUUCGUGUCAACAAUACCUCAUUGAAAGGACUGUCCCAACAUGAGGUAAUAUCCGCUCUGAGAGGAACAUCGCAAGAAGUUACGCUUCUUCUAUGUAGACCUGAACCAGGAGUUUUACCAGCUCUUGACCCAGCACUUUUGACACCGCUGACUUCUCCCAGAAAAGACUCUCACAAUAUCUGUGCAUCAGACCAACCCAAGGAUUCUUUGCUGCAAAAAACUGAUGACAGUUUAAGUGACAGUUCAGAUCAAGAAGAAGAUGAUCUUGAUGAAGUCGAUGAUGGGGAAUUUCAGAAGCUCCAGCUGAAGUCACCAUCCAGGCGAGACAGUUAUAGUGACAGCACAGACAGUGAUGAAAUUAACCUGUUACAAGAGAACAAUCAGACGUGGGAUUCCAGCAUCUACCAGACUCCCAUUAACAGAAUAGGCUUUUCAGAAACACAAUAUGAAACUCCUUGCACUUUGGAGGAUGCUGCCUGCACCAUUUAUUACUCCCCACAGCAGUCUCCCAGCAGGCCUCAGUUCAUUGACAGCAACCCUCCAACACCAGUAGCCCUAGAUCUGACUCCAGUAGAAGAGCCUCAACCAGAGCCUGAAGUCCCCUCCCCCACACCACUCGAUGAUGCCUACAUAAGCUCCAGCUCGGGUUCCCAGACCCCACCAGCGCUACCUCUGGACUAUGUAAAUGAAGAGGUCUUGCACAUACAGCACCCUAACUGCAACAGUGUGGAGGGAGAGGAGAUGGAUGAAUUUGAGCCAGAGGUUGAGCUACAUGUCUCCUUAAUUAAGUCAGACAAGGGCAGCCUGGGAUUUACUGUGACAAAAGGAAGUGAUAGUGUCAGCUGUUACAUCCAUGAUAUCCUGCAGGACCCAGCCAAGAGUGAUGGAAGAUUGAGACCUGGGGACAGGCUGAUAAUGGUUAACAAUACUGAUGUCACAAACAUGACUCAUACUAAUGCUGUCAGUUUGCUGCGAGCAGCUCCAAAAGUGGUGGAUUUGGUGGUGGGACGGGUUCUGGAAAUACCAAAACUCCAUUUAGAGCCUCACAUGCUACAAGACAUCAGAUUUGAGUGCCACGAAGAGGAAUUAGGCCUGACUCUUGGUGGAGGCAGUGACAGUCCAUACAAGGUGGUCUAUGUUGCAGAUAUUAGACCAGGUUCACCUGCUUCGAUGGAAGGGAGUCUGAAGCAUCUUGACAUAAUUCAUUUUAUUAACGGAGUCUCUACACAAGGACUGACACUCAGCGAAUCCAACAGGCUUCUGGAAUUGUCUUACUCCACUGUCAUCCUUAAAGUAACAAGAGAUGGCCAGCCAGUAAUUCCAGUAAAGAAAACACUAAUGUCAUUGAACAAUAAUCUUUGCACUCAGGUGAAUGGAUCUAGUAUCAUGAAUGGCUGUCGAAAUAAUGGAGAGAAUAGAGAGUCUCAAGCACAUUUUGACAGUCCUGUUUUUGAGGGCAAUAUAUUUGAAUUACAGCUUGAAAAACCAGCUUCAGGAGGGCUGGGCUUUUCAGUAGUGGGUGGAGAAAAUGGCAUUUUUGUCAAGUCGAUCACCCCAGGAGGUCUAGCAGAUUUAACAGGAGAGUUGAAAGUUGGUGACCAGUUGUUGCAGGUGAAUGGAGAGUCCAUGAGAGGAGCAUCUCACACCAAAGCAGUAACAACUAUUCGGAAAGCUAAAGGACUUGUGAGGCUUUUGAUAUGCAGAGAAGCUGAUCAGAACAAAAACUGUUAUUCCCUAAUGGAUGUUGUCCAAAGUAAUGGAGGCUGUGAUUGUGAUUCCCCUUUUUUGAAAGAAGAUGUGAAGGAUGAAGAAGAUGCAGCUACUUUGUCAGAAGACACGGACUGCGAUGGUUCUUCUCUGCCCGAGGACUCUCCAGAGACAUCAAGAGCAAAUGACUGCAAAGAAGAGAGUGUGGAAAUUUCUGCACCACUGAGGAGUUAUCAACAGAUGCCCACAGGAAACACAGAAGAAGAUGAAAUUACUUGGGGGAGUGAUGAAUUGCCAAUUGAAUCUUUUCAAAACAAGGGUUUGGAUGAAGAUGAACUCAUAAUUAGCCCUGAUGAGCUUGCUUCACUGCCUCUUGUCAAAGUCAUUCCUGAUGGCCAGUUUACAGGAGCUAACUUGAAGUCUGUUAUUCGGAUGUUAAGGGGCCUGUUGGAGCAGAAUGUCCCCUUAGAAGAGUUUGAGAAUCUGCAGAAUUUGCAGCCAUUAGACGACUGCCUAAUAGGACAGACCAAAGAAAACAAGAAGAAGAACAGAUACAAGAACAUUCUCCCUUUUGAUGCUACUAGAGUUCAUUUAGGAGAAAAUGGAGGCUACAUCAAUGCCAGUUUUAUUAAAAUGCCAGUGAAAGAUGUAGAGUUUGUAUAUAUUGCGUGCCAGGGACCUCUUCCUAACACAUUAGCUGAUUUUUGGCAAAUGGUUUGGGAACAAAAGUCUAAUGUCAUUGCAAUGAUGACUCAAGAAGUGGAAAGUGGAAAAGUUAAAUGUCAGCGCUACUGGCCUGACACCUGUAGGACUGCAGCAAUGGUGGAUGACCGAUUACAGAUUAUGUUGUUAAAGGAUCAACAUUUGGACAACUUUGUUAUUCGGCUUAUUGAAGUGAAAAAUGUUCAGACAGGUGAAACUCAACAUGUAACCCAUCUGAACUUCACUGGUUGGCCAGACCACGGUACUCCCACACAACCAGAACAGUUACUCACUUUCAUUUCUUACAUGAGACAUAUUCACAAAUCGGGGCCAAUUAUUACUCACUGCAGUGCUGGGAUUGGUCGAUCCGGAACCCUCAUUUGCAUAGAUGUGGUCCUAGCAUUAAUCAGCAAAGAUGGUGAUUUUGACAUUUCUGAUGUAGUACGCACCAUGAGACUUCAGCGACAUGGAAUGAUUCAAACAGAGGAGCAAUAUGUAUUCUGCUAUCAAGUUAUUUUAUAUGUGUUGAGGUGCCUUCAGGCAGAAGAGAAGAUCUCCGGCUAAGUGCUGACAAUGUGGACUUUGGUUCAGACCUCCAGGGGAAAACAUUGCCAUGAAAUGAAUGUGCAUUCAAUUACUGAAAGGAUUAUCAUUACAGAGGCUUACUUGCAGGUUUUUAAAGUCCUUAAAGUAACUUUGAACAGUCAUGUUUUUUAAGGAAAAUACAAGGAUUUUUUAUGGAGGGUGACUGGAAAAAUAAAAAAAUAAAGGAAAAAAUAUAUAGGUUGAAGAAAAUCUGAGUCUCACUAUGGAGGAAAUGAAAGCCGAAUGUCUGUUUCAAAAUUCAGUGUUGUAUUCUUGCAAUGAGGUAACAAUUGCCUGGACUGAUUACAAAACAGUAUUUUCUUCUAGUAACCAAUGAAAAAAAAGUUUGUCCUUUUUUAUUUUUUGUGUACAUAUUUAUUGAAAUGUAUGUGGAUAUGUUUAAACUUGUUAUUAUUGGACAAUAUUGCA